AUGUUUGUCAAUGUACACAGUGGCGCGAUAAAGAUUGACAGUAAAGGUGCUUAUGUUGCGCGUGCUUGGAUUGAUUUUCGGGAUGCUAUUGGUACAUUUACAUAUUCAAGUGGAAAUAUUUAUGCUGGAAAAUCUACAACUAUUCAAUUGCCAGAAGUUGUAGAAUGGGUUCAAGUUAGAGUAGAAAAUCAACGAUUAGUUGGAAAAUGGAAUGAAGUAUUUCGACAAGAAAUGAAUGGUCCAAGAAAUUUAUGUUAUACAGUUGGUGGUACAACAUUUCAUCCUAACUUUAGUGGACAAUCUUGUUAA